AUGGAGACAAACACAUCUUGCAAAGACAUUGAAGUCACGCAAUGUGACUGACUACCCCUACAACUAUUAUUAUUAUUAUUAUUAUUAUUAUUAUUAUUUUAAUUGAUGGUUUUCUCUGUCACUCAAAUAAAAUCUGAAAUCAAAACUACUAAAUACCUGACGCCAAAAAAGUCAGCUAUUGUAAAAUACUGAUGAUGAAUAAUUUUCUUAAGUCUCAGGACUAAGGUUUUGCCCUGAUGAGUUAUUCACCAAAAAUGUCUGACAUAGAUUUAUAGAGCUUAGUAAAAGGACGCCAUGUUGGUGCCCAUCCAAGGGGCGGCCAUGAGGUAAUAUAAACAUCCGUUGUUUUCUUUCGUAACUUAAGAGAUUAUUUAUCCCGUGUGAACCUGCAAGCAUUCGUUUAAACGCAUUUUGUAAUGUUGCGAAUGCUCAAAAUGAAAUGUUAUUAUAGAAAAGUAUUAGCUCCCCGGGCCACAAUUUUUAAUGUCGUGUGGCGAAAAAUUAGGAAAUUAGAAAUAGCUCUCUUUUCAGAAUGAAGAACCCUACGACGCUGAAACCUUUCCAAAAAAUUAAUUUUUCGAAAGUCUUUCGUCUUUCAGAAUUGUAAUAGCCCUUGUAAAUUUGGAUUUUGUAUUUUUAUGACGUCAUGUGAAAACCAAGGAUAGACUAUAGAAAAUCAGAAAGAUGUGCAGUAAGAGUAGCCUUCGUGUAGCCUACCAUCCCCCUUCCCCCAAGGUGAAGGUACCGCCACAUUUAAGUUACAGUAAGAACUGCAAACCAAGUCCUCUCGCUCUCUUAGCUGGCUAAAAGCGGAAGGGUUUUGUAUUUGAACAUGUCUGAUUUUUCUUACACCUCUUUGAUCGGUAAUUCAUUUUGAUUUCAUCGAUCAAGCUUUGCUUUGUUUUCAUUUUGUACAAACUCAACAACAGGGACCUUCAUCCAAUGCUCGGGAGAGCGAUAUUCUGAUCAGUUACAUUAAUUAAACGGAUCUUUCAAAUAAUUCUCAAAUCAGCAAGGCCAUCAAGACGCUUGAGACGAAGUAGGAGAACCUUAUUGAACGGGUAAGCAGGAAAGGUUCCAAUGUUUGGGAAAGCGAUAUUCUGAUCAUUUACAUCAAUUAAAUAGAUCUUAUAAAUGAUUCUCAAACAAGCAAGGCCAUUACCCCGCUUGAGACGAAGCCGGAGAACCUUAUUGCACGGGUAGACAUAAACAAUGGUUAUCAGCCGGGAUAUGUGAUAAAUUCCAAAUAGUCAUUGUUGUGUUUCCUAACAACCAGUCUCGUCAAAAUAAACACAAGACAAAUAAGCACGUUCAUAAUAAUUUUAGUCUUGAAGUGUAACUUUUAGUACUUGAUCAACUGAUGUUUAAGUCCAUUUUGUGUGAUGAUUAUGAGUCUUAUUUUAAUUUUAAUUUUAUACUGCGAUUAUUAUUAUUAUUACAAAGAAAAUGUUGUAUUUAUAGUGAAUAAAGCCCUCCUGUUUUUCUUAGCCUUCGUUAAGUGUGUCAUCGCAGAGAUCCAAGUGUAUACGCUAACACUUGGUUUGCAAAAGAUUUCUCUUCGCUGUAAAAUUGGAAACGUUGGAUGAGAUGGAUGAUGGAUGCUGACCAUAGGGAUGGACGGCACAAACGCCAAAAUCUCUCUGCUGUGAAAGUUUUGUGACUCGUUUUAUUUUAAGCCACUGUAACUCCAGAAAUGGUGUUCGCAGAGUAGAACUCAAUGAUGAUGAUAUUCGUGGUUUCCAAGCAAGAUCCUGAUCGGUUGGUGGAAAUGAAGACAUCAAAUCCACCUGCUACAUUCUGUCAAAUAUUACAUGCCGGCUGGUUCAAUUCUAAACUACCACAUGAUCAUAAAGACCCCUUUAGAUAAUUAAGCAACCAAGGGAUUUAUAACGGUAGGUCGUGAAAUGUGCCGAGUGAUAGUUACAGAUGAGCUCUUUUUAACCAAUUUGUCAACUAAAUUACUAUUUUUUCCAUUGUUAUAGAACGAAAUGGGGUAAUUUAAAUAAUUUUAAUGUCUUCAAAGGCUGGGACUUCAUUGGCUAAGAAAGAAAUGGAAAGUCAUGCUCAUGACAGAACGUUGUUAAUUAGCUUUUACGUGCAUGUUAAUUUAGACAUAAGUGCGCGAGAAUUUUUCAAUUAAGUUCUUUGCCACGAUGUUCAUACAUUCAGGUGGUAUCUGUAUCGCUUUGGCGUUGUGCAGAAUUGCCUCUGCGACUCAAGGUAAAUUACACUUUAACCCAUCACUGAAGAUAGAAAUUGAGCAGAAAAAUAUACUUUUUCUCAUUUUCUUCACAAACAUUGUUUGAUAUGUUUUGCAGUUUUGGAGGUAUAUCUGUACAAACAAAACCUUUAUCUCAUAUAUGAAAUACUUGUAUUUCAUAAAUUAGAUAACGGUUUGUCGGAAAGCGCACUCGUCGGAAAGCGAACGGAGCAAAUAAAAUUUCAUCGUCUUUAGUCUAGGGGAUUCCAAAUACUCAUGUAAAACUAUUUCUGGCUUAAAAUUACCAAAAUGUUAAGCCACAUGAAGUUACUAAGCAUCAAGUGGAAAUGCGCGUGGUGAAAUAAGUGGUCUGAAAAACUUUUGGAGGCUUUUUUAAUUCUCAUAGGCAUAACUGCAAGAUUUCUCUAAUACCUUCUGUGACUUUAAAAAAAAAAUUAUGAAUUUUCUUUUCAAAUGUUAUUGAAAUGAAAAAUGGUUUUCCACUAAGUACGUGAGAGCGUGUUCUGUCGGUCGCCUUUUGUAAAAAUGUUUCAAAUUCUUACAAGUAUAUUUUUAAAAUAUUUCUUUAUUAUCCAAUAUGGCUCUUUAAGGACAUCUUUUAAGAUCUUUUUCUUUCAAAUAUUAUAGACGUAAAAAAUUAUUUACUACUAAGCAGGCGAGACUUCGCAACAGUCGUCGCUUUCUUGUUUCAAUAAAAUUGUCACACUUUGCAAUAAAACUUGUCGCAGUUUGUGAUGAAACAGCUGUCGCACUUUGUAAAAAUAGACCCUUGCGCUUUGCAACAAAUUAACGAGGCGCACUUUCUAGCAACGUUUCGCGCACCUUAUAAUGGUCUUCGAAUAGAAGGUCGGAGGGCAGGUAGACCCAAUGAUACACGUAACUGUCAUUCUCAUCACUAUUAUUGUUUUGUUUGCGUGGUAAGUUUGGACAAGACAGUUUUUAGUUUCAAAACAACCAGUUAUUUCAUGGGCUAAAAUCAUGCACGUAUUUACGUAUAAGAUCGGUCUAUUAGACCCGGCCUGCGUUAAUCAAGUCACGCUUAGAAUUACAGAGAAGCAGUUCCUAUCGUAACAAUUGUUAUCAUCAUUUUCAUUCUCGUCACCAUAAACAUUACUUUUGCUCUCAUUAGUUAUAUUAUUAUUACCGUCUCUAUUGCUUUUAUUAUCAUUAUAUUUUACUAUUAUUAUUAGAAUUAUUAUUAUUAUUAUUAAAGACAAUUAUUAUUUUGUCUUAUUGUGCUCUGACAGAUUUUUAAUAUAAGUUGCGACAAGUGCUUUUACAAAGCACAGCAGGUUUUACAAGUGAUAAUACGAAUUAUGAAUAUUUGGAGAACUCCAAUAGUUAACUGCGAUGGCUUUAAUUUUGGCUUCAACGCUCAAACUGAGUUUAUUUUGAAUUCUAUAAAGACUUCUGUGACGCGGACCAAUGCCGCACCUUGGAGUUUGCACCUGAAAAAGCAUUCGAUGGUACACGGCUGAUCAACCAUUUGAUCCGCGUCGUCGAAGUCAAUGUUGCAAGAUUUUGUGAGAACGUCUGCUACAUGGAACCUGACUGUGUCAGCAUUAAUCUUGAUAAGAGGACAGAUAGAAAUGGAAAUUAUAAAUGUGAGCUGAAUAAUGUAACUCGUGAAGGACACAAGAAGGAUCUGAGGGAGGACCAAUAUUUUUUUCAUCAUUCAGCUGAGGUAUGUAUUAACUGCUGAUUUAUCAACUAAGAAACGAAAAAAAAUACAUCAAAUUAAUCAUUCAAAUUCGUUUGAAUUUCUGAUAAAAAUGCUGAGGCUGACGUGAAGUGAAGGAGUACAUCUAAAAUAUCUAUAUGCAAUCAUUUACUUGCGUAAUAUAAUAUACAGAUUUAGCCAAGCCUAAAAGCGGUGCUCUUGUUAGUUUAUUUUCCAGCCCCUCAUUAUAAUAAAAACUGUAAUAAAACUCUUGGUUGGCUGUAGAAGAGUUUCUUCAAGAGGAUUAAAAGACCAGUCCCCAGGUCUGGAACCUGGGGGCGACGUUCUCACGACUUGCGAUAAAAAGCAUGCUAGUCAGCGGUAUCUUCAAGCAGCUGAGGACCUUCGUUAUUGUUUCUGAUGUGAUGAGCAAAUUUUCGAAUAUAGAGAAUCUUUUCUUCUUCAGAGGAAGUGUGCGAUGUUAGCAUCAGUUGAAAUUAUAUUCUUUUGAGCGUGACUGAUAAUUUUGGUUUGGGAAAAUGAGCCAAAACUGAAAGAAACGACGGUUAACUACUUCGAGUCUAGACAUCACCAGUCGAUUGAAGAGUAUACACGCGAUAACGGUGAAUUAGUAAAUCAAGACGCCAGAAUCGUAUGGGCUUCUCUUUUAUCUUCUCUUGAAGUUUCCAGGUAUGAAUGCUUGUUUUAUGAUUGUCCUCUGGCUAGAAAUACAAGGCGUCUUUUAGAGAUUCUUUCUGUUAUAUUAUUCGGUAACCUCUGAUGUAACUACUUACAAUGUAGAUUUCUUUUAGCCAACUGCCCAUGAUAUUAGUACCUCUAGCUAAUGAAUUACGAAAUUUGUCUAACAUGUUUCUUGCGCUGCAUCCUUGUUACUCAUUAUCCCUUUGGCUGCAGAGCGCCUGUGUUAUGAACCACUGUAAGAAUAAUGGCACUUGUCAAAGUGGUUUUACUGACAAAGGUUAUCGCUGUUUGUGUUCUGCUGGAUACAAGGAUAGCAACUGUGGCCAAGGUAAACAGUACUAUCUAUAAAUAGAAUACAUAUCUAUAGAAUGCAUAUCUAUAGAGUACGUAUCUAUGGUAGAUACAUUCAAACAUAAUCAAUGCUGAAAGAGAAGAUUUGCUUCCGGUGCUUGUUUUUUCCUUUUCAUAAAAAGGAGGAGAUCGAGAAGAGGCCACUUUUAAAUUCCUGCUGCGAUAACUCUUUCAACGUGCAUGAGCGUAGAGUAUUUUUGGGACCUACCUACUCGUUCUUUAUCAGAAAAAGAUAAACUGACGAGUUUAUUUGCACAAAAACCAACCGUUUCCAUGCUCUAUCUGAAUAAACUGUGUUGUAAUUAUGGAAAACAAUUAGGGUUCGAUUCAACGGAAUGUCGUAAAACAACAACCUAAUUAGUCAUAACAGCGACAUUCAAGAAAGAAGACAAAGAGCAGCAAAAAUAACUUAGGCAUCAAAGCGGGGACGAGCAAAGUAUCCCGUAGGAUACUUUCAAAAAUCAAAACGAGUGAGGAAGCCACAAGGGGUUUGGAAGCUGCUAGUUUUCGUUGUUCCGAAGUCAUUGUAUUAAUAAAGCGAGUAAAAUCCAAUACCUUUGCACGCUGAGAAAACGCGAGUGACCGAGCUUUAGUUACGUUGAUCCGUUUUGUUUAGGGGUUAGCUAGAGUAUAUGAGCAAAUCACAAAGUAGGAAAAUCACACACAAAAAUUGAGAGGUUACCUUCAACAUUCAAAUGAAAAGCGUUAUUGGAGAAUUUUAACAGCUAUCGAAAAUUUACGAUGCAUAUAUAUAUAUAUAUAUAUAUAUAUAAUUUUUUUUUCAGACGUUGACGAGUGUGCUAAAGGAACACAUACAUGUAGUGCCAAUGCUGUGUGCACCAACACUAAGGGAUCGUUCAAGUGUACAUGUAAAACUGGAUACUCAGGAAAUGGAAAUACCUGCACUAAACGUAAGUCUUUUCUAUUGAUGUUUUCAUAGGAUUUCUUGUGACGAUUUUUCUAAAGAAACGGUAGCCUUUUGUUCUUUAAAUCCUCUGGAGGGGCUUGCAUCUGAUAGCAUUUUGCAGUACCACCCAUUUAGGGUUUGUCGCUUCGGAAAGAGUGCUUUGUUUUGAUAUGCAAUUAUCCGUACCCUUUUAACUAAUUUGCAUGUUUUGGUGCAUUUUGGAGGAAACUUUUAACACUUAUAACACUCACAUGAAUACGAAACUACAAACAAGGCUAAAUAUCGUGUCCAAUUUUUUGUUUUAGCCUCAACGUGCAAGGAAAUCUUCGACCAUAAUAUGUGAGUAAAUAAUUCACUGAUAACCAAAAUAGAAUGGAAAAAAAUGAUAAUAGUAUUACUGCUAGUUCAAAGAGAAAAGAAAAUAAGAUGAGCCAUCGAAAUGAUAGAAGCGAUUAAUAUUACAACAAUUUAGCUCCUGAUCCUUGAUAAUAAUCAUUAAGGCAAACUUUUUGUUUGAAAAUAAUUGAAACCUCCCCCGUGUCUUUUAACAAGUUAUAUAUGACGUACUGGAUAUGUACAAGUCUCAGACUUCAUCAGAUUUUAAAUUUACCUCCACUCCUGAUAAAGUAUUUUAUUCAGCAGAUCGAACAAGAGUGGCAAGGUUAUUCUGCACUUAGACUCAAAACCAAUUUCUGUUUUCUGUCACAUGGGAGACUUUGGAUGCGGAGAUGGAGGAUGGACGCCGAUCAUGAAGAUUAAUGGCAGUAAGGUAACAAUUUCUCCACGAAGAAAACUCAUUGACGAUACAGGGAAAAAAUAGAUGGGCGAAAAAUUGCUGCUGUGUCCUUGGUAACCAUCGAACAUUGCUCAAGCCUAGUUUUGGUCCUGAAACUAAACAAUUGAUGUUUUGUUGUCAAUAAAGUAUAAAUUCAUUUGCAAAUUCAUUGAGGAUAUUGUUCAGCUUUGCAAGCUAAAAAAGGGUGGGGGCAAAAUUGGCUGCAGUUUCUGUAACAACCGCCAAAAGUCGUCUUUACUAGACGAGCCACCAAGAGUCCCUCACGCGUAUUUGACAACCCUGAGCCUAAAACAGACUAUUAUUGAUGCUAUGUUUAAAUUCGAAAAUUCCUUUGUCAACAAUUUCAGCGUACCUUCCAUUACUCGUCCCAUUUCUGGGGGAACAGAAAGACCUAUAACAAUGGUGCCGGCAAGAAUGGCUUCGACUUACAGGAAACAAAGUUGAAAACCUACUGGAAAACAUCCUUCUCCAAGAUCUGCCUCGGUAUGAAGAUUGGACAACAACUCAGGUUCAUCUUUAUCAACAAGACAGCGAAGUCUUUGUAUUCAUUGAUCGCUGACGGGAAAUACCGUGCCACCUUACUGGGUCGUGACACGUGGAAGAAGGUGGUUGGUCCGCAAGCCUCUUUGCAGCAAAACUGCAACAGGGAAGGGUUCAAUGCUCUAAGUGACCGCCGCCGUUUCUUAAGAGCAAGAAUCGGCAUCAUUGGUAACCAGCAGAAUGACUGCUUCACUUGCAAUUCUAUAAUCGGGUUUGGUACUGUGGGAUAUCUUUCGUGCGGAAAUAAAGCAGCACUUCAGCCUGAUAAUGGAGACAAGCUCAUCCAAGCCAUGGGGUACAUCUUGGUGCAGUGACAACGCAUACGAUUCAUAUUUAAGCCAUGAAGCCGUUAUAGAUUUGAAAAAAAGUAGUUUACUAACUAAAACAAGGUAAUAGAGCAAUGGGUUCAAACUUAUCGUCUUGUUUGGUCAGAUCUGCCUCAAAAAUUACUUUACAACUCCGGUCUUUGACGUUAUAUUUGUGUAAGCUUAAUUUAGGUUGUGAAAACGAAGAACAAAUUGGCAGUUAAGCCAUAUUAGAUUUUUGUAAUAUUUUUCGAAUUUCACGGCGUUAAAGUUCGUGAGCUCCUGGUUUACCUGUAGAACAGACAUAAUUUUACGCCCUUCUCAGUCGAGUAGUGGCGUCCAGUGAAAAUCUCAUUUUAUGUACCUAAAAUGCGAAUUGUUCUCGCACUUGCUCUUUUACUCUAGAUUCCAUUUGUUUAAUAUGUUCUGGAUUUUAAGAAGUAAAAUAUCCACACUUGUGAAUGCUUUCAUUCUGCAUGAAGAGGUUUAUCCUUUUGUUAUGCCAUACUUCUUGUUUGUGUCCUCUGCAUGGCUGCGCUGAUGAAUCACAUACAAAAAGGUUCUCAUUUUGUAAGAUCCAUGUAGAUCCCGAGGGCCGUAAGGCCUAGGGAUGUGUAUGGAUUAAUACCGACGUACUCUAAAAGCCUUAGUCUUAAUUUUAUUUUCUUUCGUGUCGCCUCUGUUUUGAAUCACUGGAACUCUAUUCAUUCCUAUUUAAGGCGCCUUAAACUUAAAAUGAAGCUUACCUCUUACUGGAAUGUUCUUACUUAAUACAAAGCAGAAAAACUGAAGUGAUUUGCAAGGUUAAAUAUCCAUCAUAGAAAAACGCAUCAUAAUCCCCUGCUGGAGAGCAAUUCUCAACCAGACCAAAACAAAAAUUAAAUAACAAUGUCAGUAGUGUAGAUAUUAAGUUUUAAGGAAGAUUCUGUCCAAAAUUAUAAUUUCCUUUAUAAGCAAUGGGUAAAUACAUCCACAUGUAUGUAGAUUAUGGCAAGUAUUUACGCGGUCAAGGUUGUCGGAUUAUCUCCAUGAGGCGAAAACAAUGAUCAACAAAGCCAUUGUAAUCCCUUAUAAAUCCACAAACUAAAUAUAUAUCACCUCAUCAAAAAGAAAAAAAAUUACUUGAGCGAUGCCAAUUCAAGGUUUAAAGAAGCAGAAGUACGAGAAAAAGCCAAAUGCAAUGUUUAUGACGAGUCAACGCGUUUAGGGUUACUUCCUACCUGCGCAGGUAUUCUUCGGGAAAUAAUUCCUACGCGCACUAGUUUCAGCAGAACCGUCGCAUACCAUACAUCAUAAGAAAGCUUAAUAACUGCAGACUACGAUAAAAAUAUAAUUUAAGCGAGUUUUAUUUAAAGUGUCGGGAGCUGGUAAGGCGUAGAACUACCAAAGGUUCUGUAUUUAUCGGGUAUCGGAUGCCUUAGCACGAGCAAAAUGGCUACACAGUCUUAUUCACAAAGCAUCAAUCAUCAAAAGUAUAACACGCUUUUUCCAGAUUCUAAUUGGUUGUCUAAAUAGUGGCAUCUCAAGUUGGAAUAGCUAAGAAUAUGCGAGGCAUGUUUCGUAAAUGGACACCAUGGGAAAAAUAUUUCAAAUAUCAAAAUUUCCCGACACGCUUUCGUUUGUCAUUAUUCCUGGAAUGGUUUGGCGAAAUUUGACGAAAACCGAUCAGAUAUUGGGAUAUUUAUUUUCUCUUGAUCUUGAAAUGCAUGUACAAAUUCGAACUUGAAAUGGAUGCACAAAUCCGACCAACGGAUGACGUAUUACAUGGGUCUGCAUCAAAUUAUAUACUCAGUGACUUACAUUGAACAGGCAUAAUUGCAAAGAAGCUGCUGACCAGCACAUCAUCACAAAACGUCGGCUCAGAUUGCCGAUCACAAAACAAACGUUUAACAAAAAUCUGGAGUAUGUCAUCGAUGAUUGAACUCAAUGACAAGCGCAGUGAUCGCAUGAUCUGUCUCUCAGUGGUUUAUUGAUCGAGUUGAGAAAAAUAAUUUCAAGUCCAAACUGGGCCAAUGCUUGGCUGGGAGUUCAAGUGGAUGGACUGAAUUGGUACGUUAUUAGGAUUCUUUUGGGAAAAAAAAAAUUGACUAUAAUUUCUGAUAAACUAGCACGCUAUCGCUGAUGUUGUUGGUGAUGUUAAAGUCGUCAUUAGUAGUGCACAAGUAGCUGUGUCACUUGUUAAUCCAAAACAAAAGUAUUACUCUCACAAGUGUUACUGAAAUUUUCCACAGCAAUGUUAUUCAGUGUCAAUAGAUUUUAAUGAAGCAUCUGAGUUCAUUUGUGAGAAGGAUGAUCUUGAUUUAUUCAAUUUUGAACCUGAGAUAUUGCAUUUCUAGCCCUCUGUGGCUUCACUCCACCUCGGUAACCAGUUCAGGUACCUCGUAGCUAUAAGUGGAAACUGUUCGGCUUUUUUAAUGUAUUUAUUUAUCCAUUCAUUUUCUUCCCUACGGCGGUUAGAAGAGAUGAAGACAAAAAAAUCGACCGUGGAAUUAAUGUUCUCUCUUGGCCAUGCUUAUUCGGUCAAGACGGCUGGAUAUUAGCCUCGGUCUUUCUCUGCGUUUUUAUGGACCUCGACUUUGUCUUGGUCCAUGAAAACGCAACAAAAGAACUCGGCUAACAUCUAGCCAUCUUGACUUCACGCUUGAUCAAUUACGCAUAUGAAUAUAUUUCAUGCAGAACCAUACAAAUCUGGCAAGGGAAGACGGUACAAAUUGCAAUUCCGAGCCCGAAAUUUGUCUACCGUAUAGGUCAAUAGACUUCCUUUACUUGUGAUUUGGUUCAUCAAGUGUUAACUUCAGCACUGAUCACACAAGUAUAUCGUCAAAAAUCUGUUGUGCUAAAGAAUCUGAGCCAAUUGUGUAAAGAGAGGUAUUGGUCAUCGCUUUCAUCGUUUUGACCUCUGUCAAUUUGAUGCCACAAGCACAUCAGUAUAUGGCUUUGUAGCCAAUGCUUCUCGACCUACGUCUCUGGCAAAUAAAAAGACGCUGAUUAAUAUCAGAGAACCCGCAAUAUGCCAUGAAUAUCUGUCAGAGGGUUCUUUGGUACAACAGCUGUCACUUUAACAUCUCAAUGAGGAUGUCCGCCUUUACAACAAUGCUCUAGCGUAGUUCAAUGAUUGCAUUGAAGGCUUAUUACCUUUAGAACCAAAUGUUUGUAAGAGAUAAAUACCGAAAACGGAGGUAUUAAUCCAUAGACAUCCCGAGGAACCGUAGGGCCCAGGGAUGUCUAUGGAUUAAUACCGACGUUCGAGGUACUUAUCUAACUUAUUUCAUGAUAUUAUUCAUGAGGGAUCUUUAUAUAACGAUACUUUCUUCAAGGGGCCAAACACCGGCUAAUUAGUACGGUUACACCAUCGUCGGAUCAAAGCAGAUACAAUGAAAGCAACCUGAUGUGUGCGUUUCUCACAGGACCGUGAAAAGUUGUUGCGAAUUCCACCGUAACAACCACAAGACUUUUUUGCACUCUGAUAUUUUGGCGAGUCCACAAGGAAUUUAGCAUUGCAUUUUCUUUGUUUUUUUGUCUGUGUUGUAUUGUUUGAUAUUUCGUUUUUGUUCUUGUUUACUAGUUUUUCGUUAAAUGUGUACGAACGUUUUCCAACGACUCAUUUUUCUACAUUAGUGCUGUCAUUAUGGACGGCGUGUAUAGCGACGGGGAGCUUUUUCUUACUCAAAUAGUUUUUCGAAAGAAAUAUUACAACACAAUUUUAGUAUUAAUUAUAUUUUAGACGGCCUAGUAGCUAGUGAUGAGCCUGCUCCACGAAAUUCGUGUGCGAAAGAAUGAAAGCAAGUUGUGACCGAGGAAAGCAUCAAGGAUGGACGGACGGACCCAUCGAAUUGCCCAGAAACAGUAAGGAAGAUUUUGAUCUUUGAUGGUGAAGAACUUGAGAAGAGGAAGGAAUCUCGAAUACCACCAAAUACAAGAAUAAAUACAUCGUGGGCAGUUCGUACUUGGACUGAAUGGGCAGUGAAGCGAAACGGAAUGAUCGCAAUCAAAGGUGAAAGUGGAACUACACUUCCUCAAGUCAAUCUUGACAUUCUCAAUAUCAUUACUGACAACGGGGAACUUAAUUAUUAGCUGAGCAAAUUGGUUGUAGAAGUUCGUAGGAAAAAGGAUCGAGGUACUGUUUACCCGCCAAACACUCUUUAUCAACUUUGCUGUGGUCCUCAAAGUAAAUAUUUAAUGAGGGAUUAAUUUGUAGAAAUUCUAAUAAAUCCUUCGCUUCAGGAAUUUAUUUGUAUAAAUCCCUGAAGCCCCGCUCUUCCCUGCUACAUUAUCAAGCCCUCCCCGAACUUUCAGAUUGUUAAUAUUCGACAGGGUUGUAAGUUAAAUAAAGGUAAUAAAUAAAUACAUUUUUCCAAAUAUCUUGAGUGCCAUUAAAGAUUUCAGAAUUUUUUCUUCAUAUUAUUUAAUUUUUUGUUAUGGAAAGUUAGUUUUAAUGUUUGAGCUCAGUUUAGUCAAAUAAAAAUCGAUUUUUUUCGGCCUCUGAAGGUGGAAAGUAACCUCAAUUCGUCGCUAUUGCGAUAUCAAAGUUCUUACGAACAAAGGAAGGAUAAGGUAAGAUCCAAGACACUGAUUGUUUCUUUUGGCUCACCUCAGAGAUGAUUUAUUCGUAAAUUUAUUACAAAAUUCUUGAAAUUUUCAAUUGGAACGUAAGUAUUAAAAAGGAUUACAGUCAAUUUUAAAUCUUAAAACCUACUUAUAAUUGUAGGUUCGGAGAUAAAUGUUAUGAUAAUUCAUUUUUGUCUCGUUUGUUUGUUUGUUUGUUUGUUUUUUUACAUCCAGAAUUGAUGAUUAAUACAAGCCAAGGAAGGUCAUGUUAAAUCACUUCAAACAUGUUAUUUUUUAUCCUAUCUGAAGGAGAUAGGGUUGUAGAAAAAAAAAACUCGGUUAUUAGACAGAUGCUAUUAAUUAUUAAUUAAAUUGAACAUACUAUUUGUGACGUGAUUUGAGUAAUCUAAUUGCCCCAAAUUAAUGUUAUAGUUAACAAAUAAGGCGAAAACCACAUUUGGUUAGCUCUAUAACAAUAGAUAGCCAAUAAAAAGAAAACAAUCUAUUAAAAUCGAAACCCUAUUGGAUAGAAGAGAAUCAGAAACUUUUAAUUAAACGAAACAAUAUCUGAAACAAAUUUUCACAUCAGUUUGCUCAUCUCUCAGGAGACCUCGGAAUGCGAUCCACGCCAUGAAAACCUCGAUUUUUAUCAGUUCUCUUUUGCCUUUGUGCCUAAUGGCGUCUGCCUCUGUCUCGCCUCAAGGUAAGUUUCUCCAGUCCCCUUUUUGAGCCGAGUAUGGUCAAGGUAAAUUAGUAAUUUAAGAGGAACGGUCCUUCGUAAUCAUAGUUUGCGAACAUUAAUUAUUUCUUUGAAUGAGGAAUAAGUUUUUCGCUUUCAUUACAUAAAUCCUUAUAUCCGCGGUAUAACAAGGCUUUAAACUUUUUUUAAACUACUAAUCCAAGAAAAUUAAAGGUGGAUCUAUAACUGGGUGGCUUGUUUCCACUAGCAAAUUGAACCUGAUAGUCAUUUUAAGCGGCUAAUUAGCGAGUGUUUUUUUUUUUUUUUUUUUUUUUUUUUAUUCCUUUACUUUGAUGUUAUAGAGUUUGUUAUCUUAAUCUGUUUCUAAUGUGUUUCAUAUUCUUUUGGUCUUCAUACAUUUAGAGUGCAUAGUUAUAGACAUUGUUGUAUAAUACAAGAUUUCUCUAAUACCUUCUUUGACUUUUAAAAUGCAUUUUUCAUUAUUUUUGUUUUCGAAUGUUAUUGAAAUGAAAAGUUGUUUUACACUAAGUCAGCGGGAGAGUGUUCCGUCGGUCGACUUUGGUAAAUAUGUUUGAAAUUCUUACAAGUAUGUUAUUAACACAUUUUUCUAUCAUUCAAUGUGGCUCUUUAAGGACAUUUUUCAUGAUAUUUGCCUUUCAAAUAUUAUAGACGUAAAAAAAAUGUUCUCCACGAAGUAAGGGAGACUUUGUAAUAGUCGUCGCUUUCUUGUUUCAAUAAAAAUGUCGCACUUUGUAAUAACACUUGUCGAAAUUUGUGAUGAAACAGCUGUCGCACUUAAUUAAAAGAAAGACCCUUGCACUUUGCAGCAAAUUAACGUGUCGCACUUUGUAGUAACGUUUGUCGCACCUUUUUAUGAUCUUGGAAUGGAAAGUCGGAAAGCAAGUACAUCCAACGAUACAUGUGGCUGUUAUUCUCAUUGCUAUUAAUGUUUAGUUUGCUUGGUAGAUCUGAGAAGACAGCUUUAAGUUUCAAAACAACCAGUUUAUUUCAUACGGCUAAGAUCCGGUAUAUUAGACUCCCUUGGCGUGCGUCCCGCGUUAAUCAAGUCACGCUUAGAAGUACAGAUUAGUAGUUCCUAUCGUAACAAUUGUUAUUAUUAUUUUCAUUCUUGUCACCAUCAACUUUACUUUUGCUGUUAUCAGUUAUAUUAUUAUUACCAUUAUUAUUACUUUAUUAUCAUUAUGUUAUAUUAUUAUUAUUACCAUUGACAGUUAUCAUUGGGUCUUAGUAUCCUCUGACAGAUUUUGUAUCAAAAAGUGCGACAAGUGUUUUUAUAAACCACUGCAAGUAUUGCAAAGUUGUAUUUCGAUUUGUGAAUAUUUGGAGAACUCCAAUAGUUAACUGCGAUAGCUUUUAAUUUUGGCUUCAACGCUUAUACUAAGUUUAUUUUGAAUUAUGUAAAGGCUUCUGUGGCACGGACCAAUGCCGUAUCCUGGAGUUUGCACCUGAAGAAGCAUUCGAUGGCACACGGCUUAUAA